CUGUACAAGGACAUCAUAAAGGAGGAUCACUGGCCUCUCACAUCACCAGUAAAGAAGAGAGGAACACCGGAGAGAUGUUCCAGUCCUCUUCUUCCACAGGAUGGUUCAGAAGAACAUCACAAUGUCCCACAGGAUGAUCAGCUUGUGAAUCCGGGUGAAGAUCUGAACAAUAUUAAUCCUACAGAGACAUAUGUGAGGGGUGAUGAGCAGAGUACAGAGGACAUUCCUACAGAUAACCGCCCAGAUGACUGUACCAGGAACUCAGAGAAACAUCUGGUAUCUUCAGAUUUUGAAGUAGAUGAUUGUGGUAUCACACAAGAUACAUUUGAAGAGCAUGCCAAUAUGCAAGAUAUACCCUCAUCCAAUCACAGUCACAAUGAAUCAUUUGAUUCUUUUAAACACGUUCGAUCUUCUGAUUCAUCACAGACUGUAACACAGAAUAAAAGUCAUAGAAGAGGUGCUAAACAUCAAACAGCUCAUGUAAGAGGGAAGCCAUUUUCAUGUUCAGAAUGUGGGAAAUGUUUUAAGACAAAAUCAGAACUUGUUAGACAUCAGAGAAUUCACACAGGGGAAAAGCCAUUUUCAUGUUCAGAAUGUGGGAAAUGUUUUCUACAAACAGCACAUCUUUCUAUACAUCAGAGAACUCACACAGGGGAGAAGCCAUUUUCAUGUUCAGAAUGUGGGAAAUGUUUUCUACAAACAUCACAUCUUUUUAUACAUCAGAGAAUUCACACAGGGGAGAAGCCAUUUUCAUGUUCAGAAUGUGUAAAAUGUUUUAAGACAAAUUCAGAACUCAUUAUACAUAAAAGACGUCACACAGGGGAGAAGCCAUUUUCAUGUUCAGAAUGUGGGAAAUGUUUUACGAUUAAACCAGAUCUUGUUAUACAUCAGAGAAAUCACACAGGGGAGAAACCAUUUUCAUGUUCAGAAUGUGGGAAAUGUUUUAAGAAUAAACCAAAUCUUGUUACACAUCAGAGAAAUCACACAGGGGAGAAACCAUUUUCAUGUUCAGAAUGUGGGAAAUGUUUUAAGAAUAAACCAGAUCUUGUUAAACAUCAGACAAAUCACACAGGGGAGAAGCCAUUUUCAUGUUCAGAAUGUGGGAAAUGUUUUAAACAAAAAGCAUAUCUUUUUAUACAUCAGAGAACUCACACAGGGGAGAAGCCAUUUUCAUGUUCAGAAUGUGGGAAAUGUUUUAAGACAAAAUCAGAACUUGUUAGUCAUCAGAGAAUUCACAGAGGGGAGAAGCCAUUUUCAUGUUCAGAAUGUGGGAAAUGUUUUAAGAAUAAACCAGAUCUUGUUACACAUCAGAGAAAUCACACAGGGGAGAAGCCAUUUUCAUGUUCAGAAUGUGGGAAAUGUUUUCAACAAAAAGCAUAUCUUUUUAUACAUCAGAGAUCUCACACAGGGGAGAAGCCAUUUUCAUGUUCAGAAUGUGGGAAAUGUUUUCAACAAACAUCACAUCUUUUUAUACAUCAGAGAAUUCACACAGGGGAGAAGCCAUAUUCAUGUUCAGAAUGUGGGAAAUGUUUUAAGACAAAGUCAGAACUUGUUAGUCAUCAGAGAAUUCACAGAGGGGAGAAGCCAUUUUCAUGUUCAGAAUGUGGGAAAUGUUUUAAGAAUAAACCAGAUCUUGUUACACAUCAGAGAAAUCACACAGGCGAGAAGCCAUUUUCAUGUUCAGAAUGUGUAAAAUGUUUUAAGACAAAAUCAGAACUUGUUAUACAUCAGAGAAUUCACAAAGGGGAAAAUUAAUAUUCAUGUUCAGAAUGUG